AUGGGACUUUUCGACAAGCUCUCAUUAUGGCUGGGAUUAAAGAAGAAGGAGGUGAACGUGCUUUGUCUCGGGCUGGACAACAGCGGAAAGACUACUAUCAUCAAUCAGCUCAAACCAUCCGACUCUCAGGCACAGGACGUCGUCCCAACCAUUGGCUUCAGCAUAGAGAAAUUUAAGACUACAAGUCUAUCCUUCACAGUCUUUGACAUGUCUGGCCAAGGAAGAUACAGGAAUCUCUGGGAACAUUACUAUAAGGAAGGUCAAGCCAUCAUAUUUGUCAUUGACAGUGGAGACCAGCUAAGGAUGGUUGUGGCCAAAGAAGAACUUGAUACACUUCUGAAUCAUUCAGAUAUCAUGCACAGACGAAUCCCUAUUCUGUUCUUUGCGAAUAAGAUGGACCUACGAGAUGCUGUCUCCGCCGUUAAGGUCUCCCAGCUACUUUGUCUGGAAAGCAUCAGAGACAAACCAUGGCACAUCUGUGCAAGCAAUGCUGUGAAAGGGGAAGGCUUGCAAGAAGGAGUAGACUGGCUGCAAGAACAAAUUGCACAAUCAGAUCAGAGCAACAAAAACGUGACUAGUUAG